GAGCAUCAGUGAUGGAUGAUAGAACGUGUUAGGUGCUUGCUACUGAUUGUUGUUUACAAAAUGACGUCUCCAAUACCAAACAGUCGAAUAAUGAAGUUUACAAAAACGGAAACGGAAUAUAAUAUGAAAUCUAUAAGAUUUCUGUUGCUGACCAUAACAACGAUGUUCAUUAUCAUCGGAGGCCUAAUGAUAGUGCUCGGUAUUUCGGUAUAUAGUCACUACCACAGCUUCUCUUACUUCUACGAGAGCACAAUGAGUGGCAGAUUCAUCACACCCUCAGUGCUGAGCGUGUUUCUUGGUCUGGUGCUUUUGCUUGUUACAUGUUUUGGCUUCUGUGGCAGUUUGAAGCAAAGCACUUGUAUGGUUAAUUUUUACGCACUGUUACUUGGUUUCAUCCUAUUAAUUAAGUUGAUCAUCGUCAUUCUGGCAUUCACAAUAGAUGCAGAGACAAUGAUGAAUUACAUAUAUUUCCCAAUAGAUUAUUAUGAAGCCGACAUUGAAAUUCAAGCUGAAAUAAAUAGUUUACAAACGACGCUAAACUGUUGCGGUAGCAGUUCUUACCUUGAUUACGCUGGUAUGGAACUAUCUGGUAACGAAACGGUUAUGUACAAAAGUAGUACUGAAAACGAAAUCAUCUUCAUGGAUAUUCCAAAAAGUUGUUGUAUUAUUGCGGACGGUAACAUGUGUUUGAGGGUGCGAUCGAUAGGCUGCAAGAGGGCGCUGAUCGGUGCUUUGGUACAGAACGCCAGCGUGCUGGGUGUUUUGGGUGUCUCAGUAAUGUUCAUAAUGUUACUUGGAAUAGUGUUUGCGUUGCUGUUGGCACGGUCCAUUAGAAAAUACAAAAGUGAGAAAAUCAUGUUACAGUGGAAAAUAAGGGAGCAAAUAAUUAUGGCUCGCGAGAAAGAACUCCAGAAGACAGAUGACAACCAAACUAUGUAUAUCACUGCACCGGAGUCUAGUGUGGCUUAAUGUUUUAACUAAUUUUAGUUCUUUUUAAGUAGAAUUCCGUCUAUAAAUCCUCUCUACGUGUCACAGCUGUUACAAAGUUGAGGUACUGUGUAACUUUUUUAUGAGGGGAUCUCAAAACAAUGUUACAUACGAAGAUAUAUAGAACAAAUGUCGUCUUGUAAUUAUAUUGUGAUAUCAAUGUAUUGUACUAUUAUGAUUUAUCAUAAUUAAAAGAGAAUAUAUAUUGUUAAAUAUAUUUCAUUGCUCUUCA